AUGUGUUCGAUUCAUUGGAAAUCACAUAUAUAUUUAUCAAUAAUUUUUAUUGUUUUUGCUAUUCAACCACCAUUAUUUAAUAGUAAUACGAAUGAUUUUAAUCCUUAUGAUGUACUUGGUUUGAAAAAAUCAGCCACGGAUAAAGAAAUUCGUGCAGCAUAUAAAAAAUUAGCAAAAUAUUGGCAUCCGGAUAAAAACAGUGAAGCAAAUGCACAUGAUCAAUUUACCAAAAUAAAUGCUGCCUAUGAGAUUUUGAGUGAUUCUGAGAAAAAAUCAAAUUAUGAUCAAUAUGGUACCACAUCCAAUGAUAAUUCACAGCGUGGCAGUUAUGGAUUUCGUGAUCCGUACGAUAUGUUUCGUUCACAAUUUGGUAAUUUUUAUUUCUUCAGUGAUACACCUCAUGGAUCAAAGAAAACGAUAAAUGCUCGAGAACUAAUUAAUGAUAUUUUACCCAAUAGUCAUAUAAAACCAUAUAUUCUAUUUGGUAGUACCAAUUUUUGUAUACGGUGUCAACAACCAGCUUCGAUUUUUCGAUCAAUGCAAAAGCAAUUCGACGAUGUAGGUAUUGGUACGGGAGAAUUUAAUAUCCGAGAUAGAUGGGUAUCGAAUGAGUUAGGUAUUAUUGACAAUCCAUGUCUCGUUGGAAUCAGUCAAAAUAAAGUUUAUCAUUUUGAUGAAAAUGAUUAUUCGGAAACCCAUAUUAAAGAAUUUGUAAGAAAAAUUAUUCCAGUAAACUAUUAUGUUCGAACACUCCAUACAAUCGAUGAUAUUUACAAUUAUAUUUCUACAUGCAAUCAAACAAAUAAAGUUCAUACAAUUUUAUUAACAAGACACAAGUUUCCAACUUUAAAAUAUUUU